GUUUCAGACCCCGUCCAGCAGGCCCAAUAAAUAUUUCAGGUCCGUUCUUUGUCAUGUGGUGGUGACUUCUAAAUAAAACCCGAAAAGUGUAUAUGUGCCAUUCAAUCCUACACUUAGUAUGGCCAUGGUAAACAGUCUAACGAACGUAAAAGAUUCCCGUUGGCUUCAGUUAGAAGUAUGUCGAGAGUUUCAAAGAAACAAAUGUACCCGUCCCGACACAGAGUGCAAGUUUGCUCAUCCACCUGCCAACGUUGAAGUGCAAAACGGACGUGUCAUCGCUUGCUAUGACUCAACCAAGGGUCGAUGUAAUCGUGAGAAGCCACCCUGCAAAUACUUCCAUCCGCCCGAACAUCUUAAAAACCAAUUACUAAUUAAUGGUCGUAAUCAUUUAGUCCUGAAGAAUGCUCUCCUUCAACAGUUGCCCCUCCAACCAGUGUUGCCAGCUGCUGUGGUAAGUGCUCUUCCAAGUCUUCUGUAUGCUCCCCUUGCCCAUCAGCAGCGUGCCACCAUUUCCUCUCUCCUCAAUGUUAUCAAUUCUAAGGCUAGCACAAAUCCAUAUUUAGCAAAUUUACCAGCAAUGGCAACAACAUCAUUUAAUCCAUACUUAACACCAACACCAAUGAUGCCUGGCAUGGUCCCUGCUGAUGCUAUGGCUGCACCUCUCAGUGUUGUCCCUACACCUUUAGUUGCAUCUCAAAAAGUAUCUCGCACGGAUCGAUUAGAGGUUUGCCGUGAAUAUCAGCGCGGUAACUGCAAGCGUGCCGAAACUGAGUGUCGCUUUGCUCAUCCCCCUGAUCAUGUGACAGUCGACAGUACUGAAGGCAUGGUGACAGUCUGUAUGGAUUUUGUAAAGGGCCGAUGCACGCGGGAACAGUGUCGAUACUUCCAUCCCCCUCCACACUUGCAAGCACAGCUAAAGGCUGCCCAGAGUAGAGCUAACGCCGCUGCUGUGCCGCACGUGGUCGAGACCUUGGUCGGCAAGAAGCGCCCCCGUGACCAUGCUGAUGACCUCAUUCUGAUUCCCAGUGCUGAGCAGGGUGUGUGUGGCACCCUUUUCCAGGCAUUUCCCGGUAUGGUGCCCUACACUAAGCGUCCAGCACUAGAUAAAAGUGGAAUACCAGUUUAUCAACCAUCCACUGCGGCAUACCAACAGGCACUAGCCAUGCAAGUUCAGCAGCCUUUUGUACCAGUUUCAUUACCUAUGAUGCACUCUUCUGCCAUGGCAAGUACAGCCACCGGCACUGCCAUCUGUAAUGCUGCUAGUGUCACAUAUUGUGAUGAGAAAGGACAGUUGCUGGACACCCUACCAGUUUGCCGAGAUUUUAAAUCUAGCCAAUGUAAGAGACCACAAUGCCGUUAUGUACAUCUAGUGGAAGAUUAUGUUGAAGUGGUGGAUGGAAAAGUAACAGUAUGCCGUGAUGCUAUGAAGGGAAAAUGUAAUCGUCCCCUUUGCAAAUAUUAUCAUGUGCCCUUACCACUCCCAUUUUUUACUACGCUACUCUGACAGGGAAUAGAGAAACAAUGACUAUAUCACCAAUGUGGUGUUUUCCUUGAUGAAGUAAGACAGACUUCAAAUUAUGGCAUGCAAACAUUCACAAGUGCCCUGGUGAAAUGAUUUCAGAGCAAGUGUACAUUUUUCUUCAAACCAAAUCAAAUUUCCCAUCACUACAUAAGUAGUAGAAUGCUUCCUGUGAUAUAGUAUAUAUCUUGUCCUGCACUUUUGGAAGACAUUCUGAGGGGCAAAAAUAUUCCGUGUUCAUGAUGGCAUCUAGUCAGAUUGUUUAUGUAAAGACUAUUAUCAAAAAAAAAAGUAUAUUAUAUAUAUAUAUAACAACAAAGUGUUGUCAAAAACGAAAGGCCUAAGAUAUUAUAGAUAAACCUUACUGAUUUGUGCCAUUUAUACUGUUUAGUUUAAUUAUUAAUCAAAAAUUUUGUAUUGUUAUUACUGUAUAUUUUAAGUUAGCUUACAUCAAUAUCAACAAUCGUUUUAUUUACAUAAAGCAUAUAAACCAAAACAUGGCCCGAAAGUCUAUGCAAACAUAUUAAAUGUUUUAAUGUGAAAGUUAUAAAAAUACAUUUUAAUUUUUAUUGUUAUUUUUUAAGAUUAUAUAUAGGCCACAAUGCAACAAUAAGUUGAAAAUCAAUAAAAUGCUGUUUAUAUUGAUCAUGUCAUAAAAAGUCACUAUGGUUUACAGACCAGAUAAAGGUAUUUUUAAUAAUGUUUUGUAUGUCAUGUUGUUUUAUUACUAGCAUAUCUUUGUAAAUUCUGGUAAAAUGUUGUCACUGAUAUUUCUAUUCGCUUUAAUAAAAGUUUUAUAUUAUAAAUGUUUAAUCAUGGAAUAUUCAGUGGUGACAAAAUAUAGAAUGAAAUUUGUAUAUAAGAAAGGAAAAUACCAAACCGAAGAAAAAAAAAACGUUGUUUGUUGCAUUGUCUAUAACUAUAAAUAUUAAUUUGAUUUAGUUGUUAGUAUAAGUUUGUAUAAUUAUUUUACAAAAAAAUGUAUUUUGAUCUAUAUACAUAGUCAAAACUUUAAUUUAAAAAAAGAAAAAAAAAUGGUGUGGUACCUGAUCAAUUUUAGAGAUCAUGUUUUGUAAAAAGAAAAUAUUACCAAAUUACAUAUAUGAUAGAUAAUCAUAUGAUUUAAACAUGUGAAUAGUUCUCAUUGUUAUUUUAUAUAUAAUUUAACUUUACUGUCCAUCAAAAUAUUUCCUUAAUGAUUGUAACCACAGACAAAUUGUCAUUAUUUAAUAUGUGAUUUACUUCUGGUCCAUUUAAAAAUUUGAAAAAGAAAACAAAAAAGAGAGAGAGGGGGGUGUCAAGAAGUUUGCAGAUAGUAUUAAAAGUUGUGUUAUUAACACAUAUCAGUACAAUUUGUGAUUGACAGUGUGUCUGUGGUAAUAUGAAUUUAGUUUGACAAAAAAAAAAAAAAAGAUAUAUAUUGUGAUUUUUUGAAAUGUCAGUUUUUCUCAUUGUUGAUAUGUAUCUUUGUUGGCGGCAUUACAUAGAAGAAAAAUCUGUAGGAUCAAAAGAAAUUUGAUAUAAAGUAAGAAUAAGUGCAAUAGUAUAGGAUUUUCUCUAUGUAAUGCUUCUGACUUAACUAACAGUCCAAAGCUGUUUGUCCUUUACCUGUCCAUCCAUAACCACAAUCUAAUCUGUGACAUUCCUGUAGUGUCUAUAAAUAUAAUUAAUAAUUAUAAUAUAUAGUAUAUGCAGAAAUGAAAAAUUAACUCAACUGUUUAUAAAGAAAAUAAUACAAAAUUUAAUUACUUAUUCAAGACUUUCAGAAUUCAAGAAUUAGAAAACUUAAAUUUAAAAUUUUAUGCACUACAUUUGGGAACAAACAUGGAACUGCCCUUUAUUUAUAAAAAGUAAUAUGGGAUGUAGAUUAUUUAUCAGCCAAUAGAAGACCAAUAUAAAAUAGAGGAAACAAACUGUUACAAUCUCCAUUUAGAUCCAACGACUGAAAAAAGUUGUUUACAAGUUUGAAUAAUGACUAGUUGCUGUCCUUGAGAAUUGUUAUCUGGGAUUCACCAUAGAGGCUGGUGCUAAUCUCUCAUGAUUUGGAGCUAAUAGACUUCAUUGACAAAUGUGAUACUAUCUUCAAAGUCAAUAGUGAACUUUUUGAGUGCCACAAAAAACCUGUCGACCCAACAUAGAUAAAUUGAUCCGUGUGCACUAUGUCCGUGUUUUCAGUAUUUAGAAUUAAAUGUUACAAUACCUCACAGAUACAGAUGAUAACCUUCUAGAAACUGUCUAAUUGUUAUGUAGUUUGUGCAGAUACUAGUUAAUAGAUCCAAAACUGCAAUCUGUGAUGAGCAAAGUUCCUUGUUUCAAAUUCCUGUUAAAAAAAA